UGUCUGAUUCUGAAACUUCUGAUGAGUUUUAUUCAUUGCCUAAUUGUGAUGAGGAAAGUCAUGUUCAACCUGCUAGAGAACACUUUGAUUUGGUUGAUGAAUCUAAAAAAAUUUUAAGCAUAAAUGAUCUUGUGGAUGUGCUUACAAUUUUAAGAAAAUACCAUUUUACCAGUUCUGAUUAUUUUAUUUUUUGUCUUUCUCUGGGCUUGUUACAUGACACUAUAAAAGAUAUUGAAGCGGAAAACAGAGGAAAUCCUCAGAUUUGUCUUCGUGAAGGCUUAGCUUUAUGGUUGAAAAAAGCUGAUAAUGUGCCAAAGAAAGGUGAUCCAACUUGGUAUACUCUAUUGGAAGCGUUGCGAUCUCUAGGCCUUGAUAAUGCAGUAGCUGAUGGAAUUGACAAAGAAAAACACGCAGCUUGUUUCCUCUUUACUCAUCACAUAUCUAAAGAUUUUAUCAGAAAUACCACCUGUCUUAAAAAUUUCUCUAUUAUGAAGUUGCUAGUACGAGAAAUGAAGCUAAAGUUGGUUGAAUCUGCAGAAAGUUUUGAAUUAUACAGUGCUUUGAAAAUAAGCAUCUGUUUAAAUCAUGAAAAUCUUCAAAAAUUUGCUGUAAUCUUAGACAAAGAUAGUGCUACAAAAAAUACUGGAGAAGUUGUUAUGCAAGACUACAUGAAAGUGUUUCAUGAUAAUGAUGUUGCAGUGAAUAGUGAAGAAACAGAUAGCAGAGCUAAAUCUGUUUCUGUUUCAUCUGAUGCAAGUGAUGUAUUUGGAGAUUUUGCAACUACUCCGAGUAAAACUAAAUCUGUUUCUGUUUCCUCUGAUAUAAGUAACGACUUCAAAAAAAGACGAUCCCAUUUUGCAGCUACAUUUGAUGAAGUCAGUGAUAUUGUCAGCAUUAGCAUCGAUAGAUUAAAAAAGUAUCUUCGAUUUUAUCUUGAUUAUGAAGUUGAUAAAGAGUUUUCUAAAUGUGAAACAGUUGCAGAUAUCUUAAAUUGGAUAAGUAAACAGUGCUCAUUGACAAAUAUUGAACUCUUGGAGGCAAUAGUGAAACGUUUUAAAAUUGAUGACGCAGUAUCAAUUAUAGAUGAGUACAAAGCACAAAAUCAAGAGUUUGUCGACAAAAUGUCACUCGACAUGUGCCUCAAUGAGCAUUUUUCUCCUCCUCCUGUUUUACAAUUAGAAAGAAUUGAAUUUGUUGUUGAUAAGAAUUUACAUGAUUGCACAGUUAAAGAUAUUGAUAAAUUAAUUCAAGAAGCUGCUACAAAGAAAUUAUCUCCACAUAUCAAGUUGUCUGUCAUAAAAAGAGGCAAUUUUUUCAGCAUUUUUUGCUCUUUUCCUGUUGUGCUAAGUGAAAGACUCAUUUCAACGGCACUCAAAAAUCUUAAAGUAUUGAAAGAUAAUGGAUUAUUGAAACUAACCAUUGGAUACUGCACUGUUUACGACUACAAAGAUGAGAGUUUGUGUUACCCUGAGAAAGGAGAGGCCUCAGAUGAGUACAUCUCUGCAGUCUAUACUAGUAGAGGAAUGUUGGAGCAGUUGCUUAUAGCAACAAGCAUACAGUUAAUGUACAGGGAAGAACAAGACAAAGAAGACAGAGAUUGA